GCAACUCGGUUCGCGUCUACGAUUUGUUUCUAAAGGGGUCGUCGAUGACUUUGCGAUUAUACAGAAUUACAAAGAAAAAUUUUAACAAUUUAGUGUGCUUUUGCUUUUUAUUCAAUACGUUUUUAUAGUAUAAGCAUAUAAAUAUACACAACAUGGCCGGAGCUAUGUUAUUCGAAAGAUCACGAGUGUCGUCGUCAACGAACAGAGAGGAAGACGUCCGCAUGACUGACAAAAUGGUUAGCACUGGCGAGGUGCCCGAAGAUGACGAAGAAAACAUAAGAGCUAAGGAGCAAGGCAUUCUAAAUCUCGGUGAAAAAUAUAAGAAAGAAGGCAAAGCUAAGGAAUUGGCAGAACUAAUUAAAGCAACAAGACCUUUCUUGAGCCUGAUAAGCAAAGCGAAAGCUGCCAAAUUGGUUCGUUCUUUGGUCGACUUCUUCCUCGACUUGGAAGCUGGUAUCGGUAUCGAGGUUCAGCUGUGUAAAGAGUGCAUAGAAUGGGCGAAGGAAGAACGUCGCACAUUCCUCCGACAGUCUUUGGAGGCGAGAUUGAUCGCCCUCUACUUCGACACAGGUAUGUACAUAGAAGCCUUAGACUUGGCCACAGCACUACUCAGAGAGCUGAAAAAGUUAGAUGACAAAAAUUUAUUAGUGGAAGUCCUCCUUUUAGAGAGUAAAACUUAUCAUGCACUUAGCAAUUUGCCUAAAGCCCGUGCCUCAUUGACGUCCGCUAGAACCACAGCAAAUGCAAUCUACUGUCCUCCUAAAAUGCAGGCAGCACUUGAUCUGCAAUCAGGUAUUCUUCACGCAGCAGAUGAGCGCGAUUUUAAAACUGCUUACUCAUACUUCUAUGAAGCAUUUGAAGGUUACGAUGGAGCUGAUAGUCCUAAAGCAUUAACAGCAUUGAAAUACAUGUUACUGUCAAAGAUUAUGUUAAGUCAGGCAGAAGAAGUUUCCACAAUAUGUGGCAGUAAGGCAGCACUCAAGUAUGCGGGCAAGGAACUGGAAGCAAUGCGGGCUGUAGCAACUGCCUCUCACAAGAGAUCACUUGCCGACUUCCAAGCUGCGUUAAAAACGUACAAACGAGAAUUAGAAGAGGAUGCAGUUGUUCGAGCUCACCUUGGAGCUCUGUAUGACACAAUGUUGGAACAGAACUUAUGUCGUAUUGUUGAACCCUAUAUGAGAGUACAAGUAGACCAUGUGGCUCGCUCCAUCCGCCUCCCUGUUGUACAAGUGGAAAAGAAACUCUCACAAAUGAUUUUGGACAAGAAACUGAAUGGCAUCCUGGAUCAAGGAGAAGGUGUCCUUAUUGUGUUCGACGAGUCCCCCCUUGAGAAAACUUAUGAGACUGUCCUGGAGACCAUCCAUCAUAUGAGCAAGGUUGUUGAUACUCUUUACCAGAAAGCCAAGAAACUUUCAUAGAGCUAUUUGUAAAUUUGUUGUAGCAUUAAAAAUACUAAUGUAUAUCAAGAUAACCAUAAAUUUUCUGUUCAAAUGGUUGUAAAUGAAACUAUUUUUUCAAUGAAUGCAAACCUUCAUUUGUACCACAAUGUUUUAAGCUAUAUAGUAACAUGGAAAAUAUCACAAAAAAAAAGUAAAAAGUGUUGUAGAAAUCGGGGAAUUGCUGUUACACCACAAUUCCAUGGGCGGAUAUCAUAUAUAAUACUAAAGCUACCUUAUUUUAUUGUAAAAAUAUUCAAUAGUUUGAAAUUAAUGAUUCUAAUCCUCAACUUUCAUUUUAUAUACUUGUCCCUUUUUAUAUUAAGCUAGUGAAAAAUUAUAAUAUUCUGUUUUAUUGAGAAAAAUAAAAGGUGUU